AUGCCGUUUGGUCCGACAAAUGCUCAUGUUGCUUUUAUGGAUCUAAUGAACAGAGUGUCUAAGGAAUUCUUGGAUCGCUUUAUCAUAGUGUUUAUAGACUAUAUCCUGGUGUACUCGAAGAGUUCUGAGGACCAUGAACAACACCCGAGGAUAGUGUUGGAGACUACGAGAAUGCAUCGAGUUUUUGCCAAGCUCAAUAAAUGCGAGUUUUGGUUGGCUCGUGUGGCGUUCUUAGGCCACGUAGUUUCCGACGAAGGUAUUGCUGUGGACCCGUCUAAGAUUAAGGCGAUCGUGGGCUGGCCAAGACCGACGAUAGUGACUGAGAUCAGAAACUUUUUGGGUCCGGCGGGCUAUUAUAGGCAAUUUGUAGAGAAGUUCUCAGCUAUAGCCUCGCCUAUGAUUAAGCUGCUGAAAAAGGAUGUGAAGUAUGAAUGGACAGACAAGUGCGAGCGUAGUUUCCAAGAGCUUAAGCAUAAGGCGACUACGGCUCCGGUGUUGACGAUUCCGUCUCGUCCCGGAGGAUUCGAGAUAUAUAGUGAUGCGUCUCUCGGAGAAAAGUUGAACAUGAGGCAGCGUCGAUGGAUAAAGCUGCUUAAGGAUUAUGAUUGUGAGAUCUUAUAUCAUCCGAGCAAGGCGAAUAAGGUUGCAGAUGCCCCGAGUAGAAAAUCAGCGAUUGCUCAAUUACGUGUGAAUGAAUGGCGUCUGUUUGAGCAAGUGGGAGACUCGGACUUCAAGUUAGAGAUAAGUCGUCUGUCAAGUCUAGUGGAUACUUUGAGGAUUGAACCGGAAGUGCAUACCGGAAUUAAGACCCUACGAUCGACGGACCCUACUAUUCAGAAGAUCCUUCAAGAGGACUCAGCUAAACGAAGAGUUGACUUUCAAGUGGCCAAUGAUCGGAUACUCAAGUUUAGAGGACGUCUAGUUGUGCCGGUCAAUGAAAGUCUAAGGGAGGAUAUCUUAUCGGAGGCGCAUCAUAGCAGUUAUAGUAUCCACCCUGCAGGUACCAAGAUGUAUCAGAAUACGAAGCAACAUUUUUGGUGGAAUGGAAUGAAGGCGGAUAUAGCCAAACAUGUGGCUAAGUGUUUGACCUUUCGGCGGGUCAAGGUGCAAGACUGUAAGCCUGGAGGACUCCUGCGGCCUUUAGAGAUCCCGGAAUGGAAAUAG